UCGACAGCCCCAUCAUCGAACACAGCAGCAGAUUUGGUCCGAGCAAAAGUAAUUGUGAAAAAUUCCAAAGUUGAAACCAGAAAAAAAUAAACCCAAAGUGCGUGGCCAACAGCGGUUGCUCGCGUGCCAACAGUUACAGCAACAGCAUGGCCACCGAGCAGCGUGUUCUAAAGCAGGACGGGUACUUGGAUGUGGGCGACAAUAGCGGAGCACCCGCUCGUCCCUUCGAGAUGCGCAACAUCGUCUACCAUCCGCAAUUGAAUGUGCUGCUGUUGUUCGGCUGCAAUAAUGUUGUGAAGGUUCUGGAUGUCAAUUCUGGAGUUGUAUUGCAGACCUAUAAAUUGAGUACAAAUGGCGAGAGCGUCGUUCAUGGUCGUUACAUGCCCUUGCAAGAUAAAAUCUUGUUCUGGGAUGGCCACAAUGUGGGCUUGCGCGGCGACUACAACGGCGUACUGCUACUGGAUACCAUAUUGCAGGCGCCAAUUGGCCAGAACGACGACUACAUUAAGCUGGAGAUCAUAUUGUCCGAGGCGAUCAUCUUUCAGCACUGCAUAAACGAAUUGGAGAGCGAGGGUCUCGAGUGUCCCUGCGACAUAAGCAACGAGCUUACCCAGAAGAUAAACAAAGCCCAACUAAAUGCCAAGAAGGGCAUCAAGGCUCAGCGGUGGAAUACAAUAUGCCUGGAGGUGCCCUAUUCCAGCAUGAAGCUGGUGGCCAACAACGUGGUCAUCCUGCUGAAGCGUCUGGAGCGUCACAUUCCAGUGCUGGCCAUAGCAUCCGCCAUCAAUGAGCGCCUCACAGACAUGAUGAUGGGGUCGCGUGUGCCCGAUUUUGGCUGGAAUUUUAGCAACUUCAAGCGCGUGCUCAUGCACUCUGAGGCCGUGCGACGCCAGACAUUCGAGAAGUGGCCCCACAUGGACUACAAGUGGGCGCUGCCAGAUCAAAUGGCACAGGCCGGCUUCUACCAUCAGCCGUCGUCCUCUGGCGAGGAUCGUGCCAUGUGCUUUACGUGCAAUGUCUGCCUGGUUUGCUGGGAGAAGACCGACGAGCCCUGGAGCGAGCAUGAGCGUCAUUCGCCCAUCUGUCCGUUUGUCAAGGGCGAGUAUACGCAGAAUGUACCCCUGUCCAUCACGUAUGCCACCAGUCCGGCCCUGUCGGCGCCAGGCCUCGGCUUCGACAUCAUCUCCAACAGCGACUAUGCCAAUGUGCUGUGCACCAGCUGCUCGCAGACGGGCGAGCUGAGCGUCUGGAGCAUCGAGCGCCAUCUGAGGCUAAUGUACAGCUUCCACGUGCCGACCUUGCUCAAGGAUGUGUUCGAGGAGAGCUUCGAGUGGGCCCGCGUGACGGCCAUCUGCGUUCUGCCCAAUGCCCGAGCACGCACCAAGGUCAACUACGUCUAUUCCGCUGCCAACUAUGGAGGCUCUGGCAGCGGCAGUGGUGGCGGCAGUUCACAUGCUGGCUCCAAUCAGACCAGCGGCAAAUUUGGCAGCGUUAAUGCCCAGCACAUAACCUCCACAUCAACGCUGCGCGCAGGCGUGGUGGGAUCCAAGAUUGUGCUGGGCGUCAGUGUGCGCCAGAGCAGCGGCGAGGUGGCCCUACGCAUGGUGGUGCUGAAUAUUGUGGAGGUGGAUCGCCAGAGUGAGACAUCGGCCAGCGUGAGCAACGACAGUGGCAGCGUCUCGAGCGUUGGGGGAAAUCUCAAGAAAACCUCGUCACAGAUCGGCACAAGUACCACAUCUUCGAGCGAAGCCAAUGGCGGCGGUUGUGGAAUGGUUACCCAAGUGAAUCUCGAGUCGAAGGACGAUGACAACAAGGCAAUGACGCCGUAUGAGAAAUUUGCCGAUGGCUUUGACAGUAAUGGCUUUGUGUCCGCUUUGAUGACGUACAACAAGAACAACGGUGCCAGCCAGCAUGCGGACGAUGCCUCUGUGUUGUAUGACUUUGAUCUGUGCACGUUGUCGCAGAUAUUGGACCAUAAUCUGGAGGAUCCACUGGGCGGUCUGAUGGUCACCUCGAAUACCGUCAAUGUGGGCAGUAUUCCCGCCAUGGGCAACGACAUGGACAAACUUGUCGACGAUGCCGAGAUGACACAUCAGAAUAUUAACAACAACAACAACAACAAUAAUAAUAAUAACAACAACAACGAUGGCAACUCCUUGGGCGGCAGCACAAACAACAACAAUAACAACAAUAAUAAUAAUAAUAUAAUGUUAAACGGAAGCAACAGCAGCAGCGACAAGUUGGCGGCCAGCGAGGAGAUCGACUGUGUGGUGGAGAGCUGGACCAGCGUGAAGCGUAUGAAUGCCCUGGAUGGGGGGGCGGUAAGCGGCGAGAACGGUGCCGUGCCCAGUGCGGCCCAAGAGAUUGUGGAGAUAGCCGAGAUAAUGCCAUCAACUCCGAAAUGCAAUCAGCUGCUGGUUAAAUUGCUGCGCACCAAGGCACCAGAAACGGAGGGCAGUAAGAUCAUCAUGGCCACCGUGGCCAAGGAGGAUGAGGAGGAGGAACAGGAGGCAGAUGAAUGCAUGGAUACGGACAACAAUGCCGAGUGCAGUGUGGCUGCUCAGCUUUUACUCUUCGACUACGAUGACACGCAGAUAUCGCACGACUAUACCCUAGCCAUGACCUUCAGCCGGGCCAAGUGCCCCAAGCAGCUGUGCGUUCUGCCCCACUUCAACACCUCACCGGAGCACAAGGAGAUGGGCGCCAUUUGUGUGGUGUGUGCCGAUGGCAGCGUUGAAAUAUAUUCGCUAGCCGACUUCCAGACCACCACCGUCAUCGAACAGGAGGGGGAACACUUUGAGUCUGUCGUCUACUGCCGCAACAUGGACAGACUCUGCUGUUGCUCCCGCCAAGGCGGUUUGCUCUUCUACUCGUUAAAUGAGGGCGACAACGAUUCCGGAGAUGAGCUGCUCGAGCUGGAGGAUGAGUGCGGCACUACCCUAACGCAGACAACGCAGGCAGGGGAGCUGAGUGUCACAGACGGCACUGGUCGCACCAUGGCGGUGGGUCACGAGCAGGAUGGCAGGCUGUUGACAGCGAAUGAUAGCAUAAGUGUUGAUGUGGGCACUGAGGGCACGGGGGCCUCCACAUCAGGAGCAGCCGCCACACACCAAACGGUUCAGACAUCGCCGUCGGCUCAGUCGAUGGGCUCGAGCAAUGCCAAUUUCCUGGCCUACAAAACCACCGAUCUGACGCUCGAUGACCUACGAAUGUUCCAUGCCCUUACACAGUUCGAUGACAAGCUGACGCUCUACUCUGCCGAAGUGCCCAGCUGCUGGAAUGAUCUAGGUCAAGUGCAAAAGCAGCGCAAGCAAUCGCAGAACAUGCGACAUGGCGGCGAUGAGCGUGACUACACUCGCACUUGGCGCCUGCACAACGAUGCUACCACGUGGGAUGAGCAUAUCAUUGAACUGAAUUUGGCACAGCCCGUAUCCCUGGGUCACAUUGAUCUGAAGUUUACGGUUUACCAGCAAUGCUCCAAUCCGGCUGCCAUACAAGUCACCCUGCUCAAGCAGAAUACCAAUGGCUUUGGCUAUCGCAUGAAGGGACCCCAUGCCAGCUACAAGCCGAACGUCAUUGACGACAACAUUGAUCUCUCCUACAUUGCCAAUGAAAAUCCCGUACUCAGCGAGGAAUAUCUACUGGCGCACAACGCAGAGGUACUGGCCGGUCCCAUCGAGCUAUCGUCCUGCAUUGAUGUGUGCGAUCAAGGAGGCACUGCCACGCUGACCUCACCGAAGUUAUUCAAAACUCGUACACGCAACUUUUUGCUGCAUAUCAAGACGGUGACUGAUCCAUCGAAAGAGGGACAGACCAAGACAAGGGCAUCCCCCUCGAGACGGCACAAGCGCCGGCCGCAUUAUAUAGAGGUGUUGGUUAGUCAAGAUAAAUCGAAUAUGCACUCGAAUCCGAAUUUUCCUACCUUUCCGAGUAAUGGGAGUGCACACUUAGACAAGCAAAAAUCUCAGAAAGCUCAUAACAAAAAACACCAAUUCAAGAAACUCUUUAAAGAUGGCUUUACCCUCGUAAAUUUGGACAUGUCAAAAGUAAAAUUAGGCAAAGUAGCAAUGCAAACAUUACCAGAGCUCCUGCCCGCUACAGAUGGUCCGUCUCCUACUCCGUUCGCUGGGGGACUGAGUAGGGAAGGCUGCGACUGGCUGCAUGAGAUCUCCAUUAGUGUGAGGGCUGUCAAGUCGCAGAGCCGCAUCAACAAUUCGAGGAUGCAGCGCAUUGCCAUGCUGGAGAGCAAUGUCCUUAUGGAGCAGCUGCUACGCAUUGCCAGCGAUUCGGGAUCCACGCCGCUGACCAAAAACUUGGCCCUCGACAUUCUCAAUUGGAUAUGCUUCAUUCGCCUGAACCGUUUCCGUUCGCCGAAAUCCGAGCGGCUAAAGGAUCAGAUUAACAAGCAGACGGCAGCCAAUAUUCCCGAUCUGCUGGCCCAGCAGUUCGAGUGCAUUUCCCUGGCCGAGAAGCAUAUUGAGCAGUUGAUGCGCAACUGCAUCAUCUACAGCGAGCGUAGCACGGCCCACAAGUGCUCCAAGCUGAUAAUAAUGCUUACAGAGGGCGUGACCAAUCUGCCCACGGAGCUGCAACUCGUCACCACGCUGGACUAUGCCAUUAAGGAGGCUAUCACAAACACCUUCCAUGAGCUGCCUCGCGCACACACCGGCAGUGUUGUGCGCUGGUACACGAUGCUCACGUGCGCCACAUCUACGGCCGAGUCAAACAACAGCAUAUCGGAGCAGGCCAUCAAUUUGCUCAAGGAAAUUGCCGGCGAAAUAGACAAGCGCUGGGAUCCCUGCUGCGCCUUGCUAAGCACACGCUUUGGUCUCUAUGGCUUCCCAUUUGAGCCAGAGAUAUUUGAUUUUGAUUUCCCCAAUCUCAAUCGCCAUGGCGCCAGCUCCUCCGUGGGAUCCCUGACGAAUGUGAUACGCAGCAAUUCGACAAUUCUGCCCGUGACGGCACUGGACAUCAAGCGUUUGAGUUCAAUUGAUGGCGUGGACUUCCGCACGUUUCCCUAUCUGAUACGAGGCAAGAGCAUUAGCAAUCAGCUGCGCGGCCUUCUGGAAGUGGUCCAAUUGCAUUUUAAUUGUGUGCAAACAUCGGAGGCCACUCGCAUCGACAACUUCGACAGUGUGGGUGGGACAGCGGCCGCUAGUCUAGUGAUUGAGGAUGUGCUGAUACCCAAGCUGUUGGUGGCCAAGGACAAGAAUGACGAUGUGUUGAACGAUCUGGUCAACGAUGUGGAGUCUAUGGUGGAGGAAAUCACGGACAAGGAGGGGAAGAUCGAUUUUGAUUCGUUUGGCUUGGUCAAUGGCUUCAAAGACAAGUCUGUCUCUUCGCUCACCGACCUGGAGCAUGCCCUCAAGGAGGAGGUUAAGAACGAGAAGGCUGACAUUAUGGACAAGGUGAAGCUGUCUCAGUUUCUCCACCCACUCUCCCUGUUCGAUAACUACAUUCUCAAGAAGCAUCAGCAUGCCAUGGAUGCUUCGAGCAAGCUGGAUAACUGGGAAAUGACUCCGACAUGCAAAGCUCAGUUGGCUUUGGAGACCUUGAAGCCGUUUGGUGGGAUGUUGCCUAUACAGUCAGUGACUCAGGCGGCAGCAGCAGCAGUGACACCAGCAGCAACACCACCACAGCAGGCCGGAGUCGGAACAGGGGGAGCUGGCGACAGCACUGUCGUUCUCGAUGAUGCUGCCGAAUGCGAAAAGAUUAUGGAAAAUCUAAGCGCAAAUCCGUGCCAGCCGAUCGCCUGGCACAAACUGAUCACGCCGCCGCCCAAACAAAUGAUCAUCAUCGAUCGCAUGCACUCUGGCGCAAGGCGGUUUGUGGUGCUGGACUUUGGCCAGCACAUCCUGCUCACAGAUGUAGUGAUACCCUCCUGCGACGAGCUCACGUCCCUGACCAUCGACAUCUGGUGCUUUGACGAGGAGACAGAUUGCACGCGUCUCGUCCAGGUGGCGGAUAUCCAGACCAAGACUUUGGUGCUAAGCGAUAUACAGCCGCCGCCGAUCUGUCGCUUCAUGAAGGUGACGAUCAUUGGGCGCAUCGGGAUGUCGUCCACCAAGUGCAAGGUGCCGUUGGGCCGAUUCUUUGGCCAUCCCGUUGUGCUCGAGCACGACGGCUAUGGUGAUCAGUUGAUGCGCUUCAUCAAGCAGCCCACGCAAAAUCUGCAGGCGCAGCUCAAGUCGCUGAAUGCUCUCUACGAGGAUGUGCACUGUCGCUACAGCUUGGCCAGCUCGAAGCUGAUGGAUGUCCUCGCGCCCAUGCGCCACAGCGAGCUCUCCAACGUGGCCCAUCUGCAGGCGUUCAUUAACAAGCAGCGCGACGAGGAGCUUGGUCAUGUGGACAACAGCAACAAGGUUGUGUCCCUCUACGACGAGUGCAUGCUGCUCCAGUAUCAGAUCAAUGUAAUCAGGAAUGUGGUGCUGCGUCUGGAGCGAGCCGUCAACCCCCAUGUGGUGUGCACACCACCUCCCAGAACGGGUCCGCUCACAGAGGAAACGCUGCGCGCCGCCUCGCAGGACAAACUUCGUGUCCUUAGCCUCACCUUGGUGGAGGUGCUGCUGCACUUCUCCAUCGAGUAUGGCAUCAAGAACAUCCUGCCCGUCUAUCAGCGCUUCAAUGCGGCCACAGCCAAGGCUCUGUUCAAUUCGCUGGUGGUCUAUGGCGAUGCCCAGCUGCAGCUGGCCACCUGCUCCCUUCUGGUUGUCAUGUGCUGCUUCCAGCCAUGGUGGGGCGACUUCCUGGCCGACACCUUUUGCAGCCUGUUUUCGGCACAGAACUGCAAGGCCUUUCCCCAGGAUCGCAUAUUCUUCCUGCUGACGUAUCUGGGACGCCGCAGCAUUGCCAUGGGUGCCUGUCGUUCGAUUGUGAUUGAUGCCGUGCUCAAGACACUCUUAAAGCUGCUGGCUCCCAUUUCGCCGCAUUACAAAUUCCAGUCGGAGCAGCCGAGCACCUCGGCCAGUGCCUCAGAGCGUAGCGCCACCAUGGGCAGCACAUCGGAUCUGCAGCUGAUCACUUGGCUGCUCCUCUUCCUCUCUGUGUGCCUGGACGACAAUGAGCGCAAGGAUAAAUCUGCCGCUCGAUGGGAUUUCAUGAGCUGCGAAAGCGACUUCACCAAGUCAAGGCCCAGCAAUGUGCCAAAUAGCAAACAGUUGCGCUGCUUCAAGAAGCGCAUUAUCCAACAGAGCAAGUACUCUGUUCAGCCCUACACAGAUUGGGGCAAGAAGAUAUACAUGAUCCAAAAUGAGGUAAUGACAAAUCAUCCUGGCAUAUUUAUGGAGCUGUCCACAAAAGCCAAGAGCAGUGGAGCCACCAAAACCUCAACAGCAGCCAAUAAGAUCUCUAUGGCUGCGGCAAGCAUGUUUAUGCCGAGUGGCGGUGGUCUGCCCAGUGGCAGCAGCGCCACGAAGACAGCGGCCACUUCCACGUCUUCGCCCAAGCAUGCGGAAGGAGCCGCAGGAGGCUCCACUGGCGGCGAGACUGAACGGGACAGUAACUUUGACAAGGGCCUAAAGACGUUGCGCAUGGCGAACAUUAAGGUCGUCAUUCGUGGAUUGUUUGCACUGCUGCUGGAGAUGGACUUUGACUGUAAUAUGGAUCAGUUUCUGCUGACCUGCAAGGUGAUUGCUCGCCUUGUGGCCGCCUGCCGUCCCUCAGUACAGCUGUGCAAGAUUGUAACAACUGCGCAGCUGGAGCAGCUCGUUCGGCUGGCCGUGUGGAACGAUCAGCAGCAGCCGUGGGCUGUACAUGCCAUUACAUGUCUGCUGCAGGAUCUCCUCGAUGCGGACAAGCAGUACAGGGAUAGCGAUGUGACGCCCACCAACGAUGCGCCGCCACGGCCCAUGCUAGAGCCAGAGGUGCAUGAAGUGCGCGAUCUUUUCAGUGAUUUUACAUCAUCGUCUUCCUCAUGCUCCGAGGCACAGUUCGAGAUGCUAAUGCCGACAGCUCGAGAGUUUUAUCAGGAGGCUGUUAAAUACAACUACUUGCCCUCCUUAAUUGAAUGUGAUGAUGCGGAAUUUGACGAUAUGCUCAAUGACAUUGACAUGAUCGAGCGCACAAAGCCCGUGACCAAGAAGGAGAGCAAUGCGCUCUGCAAGAGCACCUUUAACUUUUUCUGCAAGUCCAUUUCGGUGGCAUUGGACUCGCGGCUGGAUGUGGGCUUGGAGCUGCAUGUGGAAACGCAGCUGCGACGCCUCACCAAUCGCACGUCGUUGGAUCUGUACGCCUCCCUGCCGCAGGUACUGACCAACGAGUUUGUUUCGCCACCGCCCGAGGCGGCCCCCUGGCCAGAGUAUUUGACACAGCUGUGGUCCGGAUCGGAGUACAAUGGCCGCAACACCUAUGUGAUGUUCAAGAAUGUAUUCGACUCGAUACUGGCCGAUCUGCACUACGAGGACACGUGGGUGCACUUGGAGCAGGUGCUGCAGAUGUGGCUGACGCUCAAUUGCGAGCUGGCCGAGAAGCCCUACACCACGGGCAUCUCCCAGACGGACGUGCCCAAGAUACCGUUUGGGGCCAAUGCGGUCCAAGGACUGCUACUGGCCCUAGCCUGGCACAAUGACAUUAAGCUGCGCACGUGGUGCUUGGGUUUCCAGUGUCUGCUGCUCGCCUGCAAUUCCCAGCCCAUUGGCGAUGAUGUCGACUGCACGCGCAUCAAUGAGGUGAUUGUGAACGAUGAGAACUUUGAGAAGAUGCUGCUGCGUUUCUUCUCCGGCUACGGCAUGAGCUCAUCCAUAAUCACGAAUCGUUGUGCUGGACCCACCAUCUGCAAGCAUCUGCAUGAGCUUCUGCUCUGGCUGCAUGGCAAGACCGAGAGCAGUGGCAUUCCAUGCAAGCGUCAGCUUAAGGACAUCCUGCUACAUGUUGUGCUGCAACUGGUGCAACCCGGAGGUGCCAUUAGCAACCAGCAGGGACCCAUUGAUGCCCAGAAUCAGCUGGUGCGCGAUUUGCUCAUGAUGCCCAACGACAAGGGAGAUCUCAACAUAGCCCUCAAGAUCACCGAAAGUGUUUCUUUCCUGGUCUUCAACAACAUUUCCAAUGGCGAGAAGCUGCAGUGCCAGCGUGGCAACGAGACCAACAAUCCGGGCAACAACUUUAGUAAUCUGUUUGCCAAUGUCCUGGGCUCAGACAAUCCCAUCAAGCAGAAUGCAACGAUCUGCGACAACUCGCUGAUCAUAAAUCUGCUACGCUUAUCCUCGCACAUGGUGCUCACGGAAAUGCCCAGGCAACCAAGCGAGGUUACCAUUCCGGAGGAGGAAGAGCUGUCAAAUGAAAGCCAGACGGAUGAAACCAAGGCAGAGCAACUGAACACGGAAGGGCAUCGCAGCAAAGUGCCCUGCAUAGCCGAUUGGGUUCUGCGUCAAUUCCCUACGAUGAAGCGACUCUUUGGCACGCUCUCCCAGUGCUCCACGAGUACGUUCACGAUGAUGUCCUCUGGUGGAUUUCUGCUGCUCAAAUCGAACACUGUACUCGAUGAUCCCCAUACCAUUGCCGAUGCCGUCUUCAGCCUGAUGAUAACACUCAGCGACAAGGCCUCUAAUCCACGUCUGGUAGUGGCACCAAUUUGCCAAUACCUCGAAGAGACUACCAUACAGCGGAAUGCAACGCUGCCGCGUCUGCCGCUAUCGGAGCCCUUCCUGUGGUACAUAUCCAAGGUGCUGGAGGUGACAGCAGCCGUGCAGACCUUCACACAGCUGGGCGGCAUACACAUUAUCUGCCACAACUUGGUGCGGCUCAAUAAGACGAUAAUCAACAUGCAGCCAGGAUUGAUCUCGCUGAUUAUGCAGCACAUGACGCGCAAUACACGCCUCAAGCUGAACACCCACAUGGCCGCCAGCAGUGCUUGCAAGAAGACCACCACCAGCACGGGCGCCACAUCGGCGCCAGUGACACAGCAUCCACCGCGAAGCGGUGCCCAGUACGAUGGUCUCAUCAAUUUUGCCCCCUUCUCGCACAUUGUGUCCGAGAAUGAUGCGGCCCAAAGUGCCGAGGUGCUCAUAUCAAAUCCCAAUGCGACGCAUCGGCGUCCGCGUUCCCCGGCCUGGAGCUACAUGUUCUACCCUAAUGAGACGCAUGUUGACCUGACCAUCACGCUGCCCACGGCGAUUCUGCUGAAGGAAGUACAGCUGGUGCCGCACACCUCAAAUCUGGCCUCCUGCCCCUCGGCCGUGGCCCUCGAACUGUCGCGAGACUAUGGCGUGGGCUCCAUCCCAAUUGGUGCGCCCAUGGCCACCACGGGACUCACCUGCAUUCGCCUCAAGUUGUCCAAGGCGGAGGUGGCCACCAGCAUUGUGAUCAGACUGUACAAACCCAAGGAUUGUGGGAAUGUGGGUCUCGUGCAGAUUGCCGUGCUCGGCCAGACAAUAUUCGGAAAUCGCAUGCAGGGUCUACGCUCCCAGGGUCCGUUCAUGGACUCGCUGACAUCGUGCUCGUCGCCGCUUCAAACGGCUGCCAUGUCAACCAUAGAUGCCGAUGCCAUGCCGGAGGAUGAUGCAUUUGCCAAGACCAGCAUUGGCUGGGUGCGCAUCCUAUCGCGAUGCUUCCAUGUGGCCGCUCUGCAGCCCGAUACCAAGCUGGCCGACCUGAUUGCCGCUUAUCCGGCAGCCUAUCCCGGCUUCCUGGAGGCCUGCUGCUCGCUGCUGAACAUCAUGCCAAUGAUACCGAGCCUGGCCCAGCAGCAUCUGGAGACAAUAUUGCUCAAGCUGGGGGCCUACAAUCACGAGCUCAGUCUACAGCUGUUGCGAACGCUGCUGUGGCACACAACGCCCCAGGUCUUUAAGCUUUCCAGCGAUGCUGUCUGCGAUCUCAUCCACGAAGUGGUCACUGGCUCCGCGGAGCAUCUGGUAGACAAGCUGCGCGUGCUCAUCGACUGGAUCAUGCAGUUGCACGACAACUACAGCAAGCAGGCGCGCUGCAAUAACCCUCAGAGUGGAUUCGUCAAGGUGAUUGCCUCGAUCCUGUGGCGGGUGCAGGUCCAGUAUCAGCUGCCAGAACUGCCGCAGCUUGUGUCCUCGUCGCUGUUUGAGACCUGCUUCGAAUGGGUGUCAGUCCUGGAGCAAGAUGAACCCCUCAAGAGCAGCUUUGAUUCGCUGCUCUGUGCGUUGUGUUUCAUCAAGCCGGAGCUGUUCAAUCAGCUGCUCGUCAAGCUGGGAGUGAAGCUGGAGCCGCCGGCUCGUGGUCAGACCGAUGACAGCAAGGUGCAGAGCGGCAGCGCCUGGUUCCGUCGCGAGGGCAGUGAGAAUCUUACGGUUCUCCUCGAACGUCCCACAUUCCUGAAAACUCUGGCCCUCGCCUGCCAGUCCCCGGCGGCUGUCUACCAAAUGCUGGACUCUGGCCUGCCCAAGCUGCUGGCCCACGCCGUCUACGAGUACUGCACUCACCUGCUGGCUGGCUUGGAGCAGCAAGAAGCUCCUCCCACAGCUUCAGCUCCAGCUCCAGCUGCAGCUCAGGCAGCGGCACCAACUGAUGGCCAGCAGGGCUCGUCCCUCACCGACUUUGACAAGGCAGAGGCGCCCCCAAGUGCCAACCACAACAACCCCAACACUCCGCUUCUGAACAGCUCGGUUGUGCCCAAAGUGCUGGACUUCUUUGCCGAGUGCUGCGCGGAGGGACCCAUGCGCAACUGGCUGGGCACAAUGCAGGGCUCUGUGUUCUGGAAGCCACUGCUGCAGCUCCUGUGCCACACGCACUCUUCGCAGUUCAGCAAGACGCUGCCCAUGCAGCAGUCGUUCAUUCGUUUGGAGCGCUCCACCAUUAACUUCCUGACGCGCGUUAGUGCCUGCCAUCCCGAGAACCAGGAAGUGCUCACCUCCCUGCUCAUCGGUGCCAUCAUCUGCAAGCCGCUGCGGACUGUGCACGGCACUCGCCCCACCAUUUCUGGCUUCACGCGGCAAUUGGUGUUGCAGCUGCUGCUGGAGAACGAGCACAUCACCGUUGCCGUUCGCAGCCAGCAUCCGCUGCAGCGGCGGGACACUCUAUCCACCAUUAUGAGUGGUGGUGGAAGUGGAUCUGGGUCUACGGCUUCGAACUGCGGCACCAGCACCAGCCUGCCGGUGGCGGCUGUCAACAAUCAUCCGGCCAAGCGCAGCAGUGCCCACGACAUGCACUUCAAUGUGACCACCAGCACAACCUGCCAGGAGAUUCUCAUGAAUUGCGUCAGCGUGUAUAGUAACUUAGUGUACAAACCACCAACAGAUCCGCGCGCUGGCGAGCCCACAGGCAGUGGCAGUACCACAGGUGCCGCAGGAGCUGCUGGCAAAUUCAUCAAUCCCAAACAGGACAAGAACUGGGACAAGAAUUGUUAUAUCAACCUGAGCAAUGUGGACCUGAGCAGCCUCGAGUUCCUUAGCGUGGGUGCCGCUGUGGCGGCCAAGGAUAAGCGCAUCAAGGAUGCCAAGAACCUAUUGGCCGUUAACAAGGACAAGGAAACGCAGACAACCAGCGCGGCUUCCAAUGUAUUCAAUGUUGAGGAGUUUCUGCUGCAAUCGAAUGUGGCCAAGAAAAAUCAGCUGGUCGUUGCGGACUAUCCCAACAUAGUGCUCUCCGGUGAUGCCACAAUAUCCCAGGUGCUGGCCACACUGGAGGCUGCCGGCCACUCGCUGGCCAUACCGUGUCUGACACUGGAUCUGGUGCCGCUGCAGCACGGAGAUGAGACCAUCGAUGACAAGAAGACAAAGGCAGCCUGCACAGAGCCGCUGCCAUCGCCACUGCAACGAUUCUCCAGCAGUGGUGGCCUGUCCCUGUUGGCUCACUAUCUGCCCACGGUGUAUCCGGAGCACUCGGGACGCAAGGCGGUAAUGGUGGUCACCGAAAAGGAAAAGAGUCCACCGUUAGCGGACUGGGUGAAGCUGGAGCCAAACGAUGAGAUAUACGAGGAUCUGGAGGACACCAUUUGUGAGCCAGUGGCCAAGCAAACGCCCGUCAGCUCAGUUCCCCAACAUUCGCUGGCCGCCUUUGGACUGUUCCUACGUUUGCCUGCCUAUUCGGAUGUUCUGCUGAGGGACAAGCUGCGGGCCCAGUGCCUGCUGCGUUUGGUGUUGGGUGUUACAGGCGACGGCGAGGGCAAUGACAUCUACGGCCUCUCGUUGGCGCCCUCGCUGCCCACGCUACCGUUUGAGGUAUUCCGCCAGCUGCUGGACACUGUGCCGUUGUCCACCGAUGAUGGCAUGUUGCUCCGCCGCGUGGUAAUCGAGGUGGGGGCCAUGCAUCUAGUGCUCAAUUGUCUGGGCAUAUUUUCGCAUCAGUCGCACAACAACAGAAUUGGAGCACCGAUCAAUCAGCCCUCACCCAGUGGCAGUGGCAGUGCCAGCGCUAGUGCCAGCGCCAGCUUAGGUGGCACAAACACCACGACAACCACAACCACAAACGGAACUUCUUCUGGGGCCAAGAGCAGUGCAGCGGAUGAGCCCACUCCCAGUGGCACCUCGGAUGACAAGAGCCACAUGUAUUGGGCCAAGGGAACCGGCUUCGGAACUGGCUCCACCACACAAUCGUGGAACGUGGAGCAGGCGCUGCUGCGGCAGAAGAGCGAGGAGGAGCAUGUCACCGUGCUGCUGCUCGUGCUGGCCAGCUACAUCAAUCCGGGCGACUGCAUACCCAGCGACAUGUGCGGCGAGGACAUACUCGCCUAUCACGAUGUGCGCGAUGUGACCGGGGAGCUGCCCGCCCUGUUCCAGACCCUGCUGCAGCAGUCGUGUCUGAUUCCUGCCCUGAGUUCGUAUCUGCGCAAUGAUUCCGUGCUGGACAUAACUCGACACAUUCCCCUGUAUCGUGCCAUACUGAAGCUGCUGCGGGCCCUCUCGCUGUCCAAAUCUCUCGUGUCGCUGCUCCAGCCGGCGCCAAGCGCCUGCGGCGAGGGCACACCACCGAUUGCGGAGCUGCUGACGAACAUGAAGACCUGCGUAGACACCUAUGCCAAGCGUUUAAAAGUCAACAAGAAGUCGAACAUCAAGGGCCAGACCCAGCCAUUGACAUUCAACAUUGACGAUGGCGAUGACGAGGGACUGGCGCUGCUCAUACCGGACAUACAGGAGACGAGUGUGCUGGUGCAGAAGACCACCGAUGCCGAUGCUCUCAUCAACAUGCAGAGCACCAACGUGGAUGGCAGUGGCCAGCUGGAACGUCCCCUAAGCAAGUCGAUCGAGCAGCGUUAUCUGGAGCUAAUGAAGAAGCGGCAGUUCGACACGUUCGACAUGAUUGUGGAGUCGGAGAACAAUAGCUUUCGAUUUGUGGUGUCGCAUCAUUUUGAGAAAAUGGUGCGACUGGCAGGCGAUCGCUAUCAUCCGUCGCGUGUGAAGCGGCUGGCCCAAGAAGCGGUCACACUGUCCACCAGCCUGCCUCUGAGCUAUAGUAGCUCUGUAUUUGUGCGCUGUGAUACGGAUAGAUUGGAUGUCAUGAAGGUGCUCAUUACUGGGCCAUCGGACACACCGUAUGCCAAUGGAUGCUUCGAGUUCGAUGUAUUCUUUCCGCCAGACUAUCCCAAUCUGCCCAUGCUCAUCAAUUUGGAGACCACGGGGCGCCAUUCGGUGCGCUUUAAUCCCAAUCUCUACAACGAUGGCAAAGUGUGUCUGUCUGUGCUGAACACCUGGCAUGGCCGUCCCGAGGAGAAGUGGAAUGCGCAGACCUCCAGUUUCCUGCAGGUGCUCGUCUCCAUCCAGUCGCUGAUCCUAGUCCCAGAGCCGUACUUCAAUGAGCCCGGCUUCGAGCGUAGUCGUGGCACGCCUAGUGGCACCAACUCGUCGCGGGAGUACAAUAGCAACAUCUAUCAGGCCUGCGUACGCUGGGCGAUGCUCGAACAGAUACGCAAUCCGAGUCCCUGCUUCAAAGACGUCAUACACAAACAUUUCUGGAUGAAGCGCGAGGAGGUCUGCACACAGAUCGAGGGUUGGAUUGAGGAGCUUAGUAAGCCGCAGUAUACAGAGCGGGCUAGCCGCACCAUAUCAUUCAACUCUAUGGUUCUGCGUCGACACUAUCGUCAUUUGCGCGAGGAGCUGGCCAAGUUGAAGCCGCCACGCGGUCUGGAAGAUCUGGAUGCGCCUUUCAAUCCUGUUGCCACGCUGCCCCCAAUGGAUGUGUCCACGGCGCCAGCAGCCACAGCCACAGCAAACGCCCAGGUGGGAACGGAUGAUCCUAUAGUUCCGGAAGUGGAUGUAAUGAAGACCGAUGGGGAGGUUUGCAUAUUUGAUCCAGUAUCUGACGAAUUCUUGGGAGUGGCGGGCGAGGAAGGGGUUGAAAUUUUGAGUGAUACCGAGAACGAGAGCAGUGUGUGGCAUGCGAAGGAAGAGGAAGAGGAGGAAGGCGACGCCGAUGCCGACGCUGACGGCGAUGUCGUUGGCGAUGACGAUGGCGAGGAAGAGUAAGAGUAAGAUCUGAUAGCUGCCAAAUGGAAAUGAUAGUGAUGCUCUAGGUUAUGGCAUUUCCCCUGCAGCUGUGCCCCUCCCACCUCUCAAUCUUUUGGCCCUGCCACUGCUCACUGGACACUGGACGACACCUUAAUUUAAACACUAUAAUUUUUGUUUUACGCCAUUAGUUGUUUUAUUUGUAAGAGAGAGACUGCAACAGAACUUGGUGUGCUUUACUUAAAGGAACCGUAAUGAUUAAUGUUAAAAAAGAAAAACAAAAACUAUGAUAAUGAUCUUCAAGAAUAAGCAGAUAAACUUGUAUCCACACACAUCGCCACACACUCGUGCACACAUACACAUGCAGAAGAUACGCACUUCCCCUGGCAUAACCAGAUAGCCAGAUUUCAGUCCACUCCCCUCUGCAUAUGCCUUUGUAUCGGAGAAUAGUGCAUCUACCGCAUACAAUGUACUUUUUAUAAAUGCUUAUACUACAAUACACAAACAGUUCUAUCAAAUUCUAGAAGAAUAUUCAACGGUGUGUUAUAGUAGAACAUAGAAGGACAGUGCGUGCGACUAGCAUUGGAAUUAUCAGCACCCCGACAGCACACAGCACACAACACACA